ACUAUGCGACACACCUUAUGUUGUUGUAGAGCGCUUCCCGCAAGCCUCAUCAUCACAAUAUAUACAGCCCCUCUUCCUCACAACACACAACACGCCGGAGAUGCAGAGAUCAACGAGCGACGGUUAAAUAUCGAAUCAGACAAACAAGAAAGAAUGAAAGCGCAGCCCUCUCGUGUGAACAUGCCGCUGGAAUACGGAAUCUAAACGCGUUGCGGUCAAACACAAAGCCCCCCUUGGACCAUAAUCCUCCAAACAGCAGGGUCGGUGUUGCUGGUGGUGAUGGAGCACAUCCGGACGCCCAAGGUGGAGCAGGUGCGUCUGCUCCAGCGCCGGGCGGGCCAGAGGAAGCCCCUCUUGGGGACCCUCUACCUCUCCGCCACACACACCAUCUUCGUGGAGAACCACCCGGAGACACGCCGGGAGACCUGGGUGCUUCACAGCAUGGUGUCCGGGCUUGAACGCCCCCCCGGCGGGCCAACAGGAAGUCAGCUGGUGCUGCGCUGUAAGGACUUCCGGGUCUUCCACCUCCUCUUCCCACUGGAGAGAGACUGUGUGGACGUCCAGGCCUCCCUCACCCGCCUCUCACGACCAGAGAGCUACAAUGAGCUGUACUGCCUCUCCAUCAACCCCAACACCAACCAAGAGGAGAGGGAGAAGUCCUGGUCCCUGGUCCUCCCCUCCCAGGACUAUCAGCGCAUGGGCCUGCCCAACAACCUGUGGGUCGCCACGGCAGCCAACAGCGAAUACAAGAUGUGUGACUCUUACCCCGCCCAGCUGUUUGUGUCCAGGUGGGCGUCACCGGCCGUCCUAAUGGGCAGCUCUCGUUUCAGGAGCAGAGGACGACUUCCUGUCCUCAGCCACUUCCACCAAGACACUCUGGCUGCAGUGUGUCGUUGCAGCCAGCCUUUGUCUGGGUUCUCUGGUCGUAGUGAGGAAGAUGAGCAGAUGGUGACCGCCGUGAUGAAGGCCAACCCUGGGAGCGACUUCAUCUAUGUAGUGGAUACUAGACCGAGGCUGAACGCAAUGGCCAACCGCGCAGCAGGCAAGGGCUAUGAGAGUGAGGAUCACUACGGCAACAUCAAGCUGCACUUCAGCGGCAUCGACAACAUCCACGUUAUGAGGAGCAGCCAGCAGAGGAUCCUCGACGUGGGCGAGCAACGCACCCCAUCAAUGAGUGACUUCCUGUUGGGUCUGGAGAACUCUGGUUGGCUGAAACACAUCAAGGCUGUGCUGGACGCUGGAGUCUUUAUAGCCAAGGCCAUAGCGGACGAGGGGGUCAGUGUUCUGGUCCACUGUUCUGACGGCUGGGACCGCACGGCGCAGGCCUGCUCUGUAGCCAGCGUGCUGCUGGAGCCCUACUACAGAACCAUGAAGGGACUCAUGGUUCUGAUAGAGAAGGACUGGGUGUCUUUCGGUCACAAGUUCUCACACAGGUACGGGCACCUGGACGGGGACCCCCGGGAGGUGUCCCCGGUGCUGGACCAGUUCCUGGAGGUGCUGUGGCAGCUGGCCCAGCAGUUCCCCUGCGCCUUCCAGUUCAACGAGCGCUUCCUGCUGGACCUGCGGACCCUGGCCUACUCCUGCCAGGACGGGACCUUCCUGGGGAACAGCGAGAAGGAGCGCCGCUCCCUGAGGCUGCAGGAGAGGAGCUUCUCGGUGUGGAGCCGGCUGUGGAGGGACCGGGAGAAGUACUGGAACCCUUUGUACCGGGCCGAGCAGAGCCAGACCCAAGGGGUCCUGAGACCCAACACCACCCCCUACUGCUUCAAGAUGUGGAAGGGUCUGUACAGCCCGGCCGAGACGCCCGCCCCCCCGGCCCAGACGCCCGUGGACUUCCUGUCCAGCGUGAGGGAGGGGUCCCAGCAGCUGGAGCAGGAGCUGGCCAAUCAGCAGGAGCGACUGGCAGCCCUGACCGGGGAGCCAAUCAGCUACCAGAAGGUGGAGGUACCCAAGAGGAAGAUUAACCAAUCACAGCUGCGAUACAGCGGGCCGGACCCGCCCACUACGUACUCCUAUCCAAUCACCAGCCCAGCACAGGACCACGGCUCCUCCCACCAUGCCGCGGAACCAGCCAAUCAGAAGACCCGACGGCCAGCCGCCGGUCUGUCCCUCCCCCUAGAGCCGCCGGGGUCGGGGAAAGGUCGUGACCCCGACGACCUGUCCAGCGACCUUGAGUCGGGCGUGGCCGACCUCAGUGUCGGCGACGAGGUCAUCGGGGGGCAGAACGGAGAGGAGGCGGGCCUCAGCUCAGACUGACCGGCGACGCGUCCAAUCACAGCGUCCGCUUGAAUAUUAAAACUAUUGAUCCUGAACUCUUCCCCCCCCCUCCCCCCAACCGACUACUUUAAAUACUCCUGCAAACCUUACGUACCCCGUCUACGACUGGGAAUCGACCGUACGGCUGUCUUUGAGUGCCAGGUGUACUACUAUACAAGACCCCCUUGGGGUACCCUUCCUUCCGUGAGCGUUUGCUGGUCCGGACAUAACUCCUGGUGGUCCGGUCCGGAUCGGGGUACCCUGCAUAUGACCCCCGUCCCUGCUAGUCUAAAUACUACCACCCCCUGGUACCAUCAAUACUAGUCUCUUAAUGCCACCACUCCCUAGUACCCGAGACCCUACUAGUCUUAAUACAAC